UUUCAUAUCAUUUUGGUUAUUGAUAGGCCUAUUUAGGUCACCCAAAAACUUUUUUUUAGUGGGUGAUGCUUAUAGUUAAAAUAUACCAUGUAGUCUUUAAUAUAAUAUGGCAAAAACCGCACGCACACUAAGUAAAGCCUACAAGGCAGAAUUUAAAAAAUGUCAUUAUAAGAUUGAGUCACUUUAGGACUUUGCUGUCUGAAAUAUUUCAACUUUUAAUAUUUAGUCCAGCAGAUAGCGCUGUUGUGUAAAUUGACAUGAGAUUGAGCUUGUAAACGGCAGGUGUCCCCUUCAAUGAAUUCAUCUUAAUUUAAACAGUACAGAUUUCGAGCUUAUAAACAAACAAUAAAACAUUACUGUAGAGCCAACCUAAAUUAUACAAUGAAUACAGGGCUAUGUUAUAACUUGGAUAUGGACAAAUAAUAUCCAUGAUGUAUAGGUUAUUGUUGCUGAGGUUGUGUAAGGUCGUGAAACUUUUCAAGGCCAAACCCAUAUUAACCCUUAUGGUGUUGGAUCUGUGGUGCUGGUUGUACAUUUAUAAAAAAUAAAAUGUAUUUUCAUAUAUAGGCUAAGCGAAAGCACCGUUGUAAUUAAAUUGUAUAUUUAUUUAUUUUCUGUGAAUUUUUGGUCGAGUAGUGGUAUAAAUGUUACAAUUUUUGUUUCGGUGAGUUUCAGAGUUUUGUGAGGGAGUUUCUUUUAAAACAGGAAGCGUCUGCUGCACUUUGCGCAUCUACAGCGCACGCACUCAAACCGUGAGCCGAACGCGCGCGCGACGGACGCACUCUUCUUACCAUCGUCCCACGAAUUACACAACUCGUUUUUUUUUAGCAACGUUGGCCUGAAAACAUUGCCCAAUGGAUAAUAUUUACGAAAACAUUGACGGCCAAGAAGAACUGGACUUUCCUUUACUUUUCCUGUACAACCAACCUGGCAAUGAUGUUCCUCCAGACGACCAAGCUGAUGAGUUUGUUGCCUCCACCAACCACGGCACCAAUCGAACUUCCCCCUGCACUCAUGAAGAUCUGUCUGUGUACGGCGAUGACCCCGUGUCACAUCUCUCUCAACAUCUCCCUUCCAAUGACCUUCUCACCUACCAGCAAUCUGAUUUCCGACAGUCUCUCGAGCAUGCCGCCCAUCCUGGAGCCCUCCAGGGUAACAGCCCUAGAAUUGAGAUCACCUGCUCUGACCUGCACCACCAUCGCGACCACGUCCACACCAACCCGGUGAACAUCAAUCGACCCAUGCUCACCGUACCUGGGUACGACAUGCCAUACAGGGAGACCCAGUGCCUCAGCCCUGCGAGCAGCACCUCGUCUACCAGCUGGCAUUCUGACGGCUGUUCCCCGGGAACGUAUUCCCCAUGCGUCUCUCCGGGCGCAGGAGGAGGUAUGGCUGCCGUGACGGAAGCUCUCCAGGCCAUCCAAGCUUCCGGUUCUCCCAACACGUCGCCUCGCACCAGCAUCACAGAAGAGACCUUUCUAGACCGCCGUUCAUCUUCUCCACGUUCUCGUUCGGCGUCUCCGCAGGGCAAACGCACCUACUAUCAGUACCAGACCCAGAGGUCUCCGAGUCCCUGCGGUGGCCGAGACGAACCCCCUGAAUUCUGUGGUCAUAUCCCAAACCUGGAAGAUUCUUUGAACGACCUUAGCAGCAGCCUGACGAAACCGAUCCCUACGAAGAUGGUCCGAUCCAGUCAAGAGUAUUCUGUCUACACUGAAAACCAAGCAGGCCUUUUCUCAUCCAUGCCUGACGUGAAGAAGGCGUUCCCAGUGGAAUCUUGCUAUUUCAUGCCAGCCAACUGGUCCAGUCAGACACUCGCAGGGGUUUGCAGUAUGCCCGUGUCUGCCCUGCCUGCGCUGGAUUGGCCUCUGCCCAGCAGGAUCGAUCAAUAUGAGCUGAGAAUCGAGGUUCAGCCCAGACAGCACCACCGGGCCCACUAUGAGACGGAGGGGAGUCGGGGUGCGGUCAAAGCAUCUUCCAGCAGUCAUCCAGUCGUUCAGUUACUAGGUUAUAGCGGUAGAGAGCCGCUGGUUCUUCAGGUCUUCAUCGGUACGUCUGACGAAAGGAACCUUAGACCUCACGCCUUCUACCAGGUCCAUCGCAUCACCGGCAAAACCGUGACCACCAGCAGUCAGGAACGCAUGCAGAACGGAACCAAGGUUCUAGAGAUGCCCCUUGAUCCCAAAGAGAACAUGCGUGCCAUAAUUGACUGUGCUGGUAUCCUAAAGCUGAGGAACGCCGACAUCGAGUUAAGGAAAGGAGAAACGGAUAUUGGACGUAAAAACACUCGUGUGAGGCUGGUCUUCCGUGUCCAUGUUCCCCAGCCUUCAGGACAGUGGCUCUCUCUCCAAGUGGCCUCACAUACCAUUGAAUGCUCUCAAAGGUCGGCCCAUGAGCAACCCGGAGUAGAGCGUCAGGAUUUGGACCACUGCUCGGUUCUGGGUGGACUACAGAUGAUUCUCAGUGGUCAGAACUUCACUUCUGAAUCCAGAGUCAUCUUCUUUGAGAAAACACGUGGUGCUGACUUGCAGAUAUGGGAGACUGAAGCCAAAGUUUAUCGAGACAAAAGCACAGCUAACUUGCUUUUCUUGGAAGUUCCUCCGUAUCGGGAUCCCAACAUCUACCACCCAGUUAAAGUCAGCUUUCAUGUGCUCAACGGCAAGAAGAAAUGCAGUCAACCUCAACACUUCACCUACACACCACUGUCAGUGCCACAGAUUAAGGCAGAGCCUGUGGAGGAGUACCAAUAUGUCCAGUUCGGCUGUACUACGCGUCCUGUUAUGGGUGUUUCUCCACCCUCUUGUCGUUUGGCCGAUGGCUGUAUGUUGUCAAGCGGGCCGUCCUAUCAGCGGCCUCACUCGGGCGGGUACCCUUCCACCCAUUAUCAACACCCACCUGCACAAUACCAGCUGGAGCGUCCGGUGCCAGUGAGUCACAGCGGCUCCCCGGGUCACGCUUCCUGUAUGUCGACCACACGUGGCUCAACCUCGCUGUCUCAGUAUGGCCCUAACAUCUACCAGAACACCGCAGUAAGUGACGCCAUCCAAGCGGCCGCCUCGAUGUUUCCGACCCUUGAUGUGUCAGAGCUCUGCUCGACUGUAGGCCAUCAGAAGGCGUACAUCUCACGGGCGUCCCCGACCACAGGGAGAUCUCCACCGGUUCACAGUCAUCAACAGACGUAUCUGCCCAUUCAACAUCAGAGAACCAGCAGUCCUGUGAGACUCACCGUAAAGCAGGAAAACCUGGAUCAGGCCUACCUUGAUGAUGUGAAUGCUGUUAUAAGAAAAGACCUUGUUCAUAAAAAUGAUUUCUGAUGCCAAGGAAGGAAACGUGAUUUGAUCUCUGCUGUUGGCUUUCAUAUCUGUUUCAAAUGCUGUUUAUCAUAUCUGUAAAGUUACUAUUUGUAAAAAUGAAGAAAUUUUCAUUAUGCAAUCAAUUUUAGGGGUAACUUUAUUUGUUUUUUAUUAUUAACAUAUUGCUUUUCUAUCAAUCAAAUAGAUCUAUUUAUCAAUGUGCAUUUAAAUUCUAAAAUGUGCAAUAAAAGCAUUUUAAUGUAACAGUGAGUGGUCUUAUGUGUUCAGGCUGUUAACAUUUGCAGUUUUGAGGACCAAGAAAAUGGAUCUGACUCCUAAAAAAGUUCAGAUAAUAAUGUUUAUUUCAUAACAUCUAACUUUAUAGGGUUUUAUCUACAAGAAUCACAAAAUUUUUGUUUCAUCACUAGUCAACAAAAAAUGCUCACACGUAUAAAUUCAAACAAUAUUU